AUGAAAAGUGGAAUUGAGUUGUAUGAGCCUGUGCCACAAAAAUCUCCUCUCAUAUUCAGUCCUCGGAAAACUUAUGAAAUAUGGCGAUAUUUCACUUAUAUGUUCAUUCAUAUUGGAAUAAUACAUUUAGCAUUUAAUGUAUUAACACAGAUCAUCCUUGGAAUUCCGUUGGAACUGGUUCACAAAUUCUGGCGUAUUGCUUUGGUAUAUUUGUCUGGAGUUUUAGCUGGCUCACUGCUGAACUAUGCGAUCGAUCAGAAGACAUAUCUUGCCGGAGCAUCCGGCGGUGUUUCCCAUAUUUCGCAUUUCGCUGGUUUCAUUGCCGGAGUUCUGAUGGGUACCAUUGUUCUGCGGAAUUUUCGUAAAAAAAACUGGGAACGUGUGGUGUGGUGGAUUGCCGUUACGAUUACAUGCCUGUUGUUCACAACACUUAUCAUACUUAACAUUGUACCACAUAUCUGA